AUGUCAGAAGCGAUCAGUUCCGCUGUCGUUGGGGAAGCAGUUAGCAGGAUCUUCUCUGCUAUCAUCAGCAAACAUGAGGAUGGCUCAGGUGAAGAGAGUGAGUUAGAGAGGUUGGAGAUGGCGCACAUCAAAAUGGAGGCAGCAAUUGACACAUCCAACAAGUGGCAGAUCACUGACGUGCCGCUGUUGCGUUGGAGAAAGAAGCUGAAGCGUGCUGCUCAAGAGUGCGAAGACAUGCUGCGUGGAUGCAAGCAACGUGCUCUUGAAGACGAAGAGACCAAAAAGCAGGUCAGGGAAUACUCGUUUCCUAGACGCGUUGCUCAUGCGACCAAAUCACUGGUCUCCUCUUUCAUCAAUCACAACAGUGAUGAAUGCUCAAGCAAGGCCAUGGUGCAAAGAUUCGAGAGGCUUGCAGAGGGUGCUGAUGAUUUCUUGAGAUAUGUGCAGCUUGGCGGAACACCAAAGCAAUAUAUGUUCUUCGAUCCUCUCAUUAGAAACCUUUUCGCAGGCAAAUUUGUAGAGUACAAAACGAUGCACCAUGGAAGCCAAUACCAUUACAUCGCCAUACGGCCCAUGAGCUUCGAGGAGCGUGGACUAGAGGCCAUGCUAUCAUUCAUCUAUGAAGACUGCAAGGUGCCUCACAACAGCUUUCGCCUAGGGUUUAUGCUGCGUCUUUCUGAGAGUACCGACAUCAUUGGGAUUGCAAUCAAGUGUCUGCAUCUGGUGACGCCUCACUUCAAAUCUACUGCUGAGAAGCAGCUUACUCAGCUCCCUACACAGGAUUUCUCUUGGUCAUCUCAAUGCAAUACAACACAUGUCAGGAAUGCUCACUGGAAUAGUGUUCACAACACUUUGACCCGGUGGUUCCGCCCAGAUCCUUUGUGCUGCAAAGGAUAUGAUUAUGAACACAAGUUGCCUGCUUGUAGCAGCACUGCAGAUGCAUCAUCGACUCUAUCGAACAUAUUUCCAGAACCUGUCUGUGAAGUGUUUUUGCAGCGUCACAUCUCAGUAUCCGAGUACAACAACCUGCAGGGAUCAUCCACGAGCUGCAGUAGUUCAUCUUCUCAAGAGGAUGCACAAGCACAGCCGCCUCUGAAGCUGGGAGUUCUCUUCAUCCCACAUGAUGGCGUCGUCGAUGACCUUACCAGUACUACUGGAGUUGAGAUUCAGAGCUCUGCAACAGAAGCAAUUGAUGGGGAGAAACAGCCUCGCACACUUGUCAAUGUCCAUCCACACCAACUUGACGAGAUGCUGAUACCAAAGGCAAUAGACUAUCUUUACAAUAAUUCUGGGGCGACCAUAUGUCAGAUAUCUUGGAGGUCUAGACACGGCAGUGCAAACCUUUGUGUAGAGAAAACAACAAAGCAGAUGACUAGGACUCGCAGGGUCACGCGAACAGCAGAUAGUGCAACAGUUUGCUCAUUUAGAGAGGUGGAGAGAGUUGACUAA